AUGCCAGGUUUAGAAGUUGUAGGUGAUUUUACAAAAUACAUACGACCCAGAGAAGAUGAUGAUUCAUCCAGUGCAAAGCGACGCCGAUGCGACGAUGAAAGAUUCAAGCCAGGUUUCAUUUUAAAGGUAAAGGUUGAGAAUUUUACAACUUAUACGUUUGCAGAAUUUAAUUUAUCGCCAUCAUUGAAUAUGAUCAUAGGACCAAACGGUACUGGGAAGAGCACUCUUGUAGCCGCUAUUUGCAUAGGUCUUGGCGGAAAAAUCGAGUUGAUUAAGCGAAAGAACAUCAAAUCUAUGAUAAAGACUGGCCAGACGAGAAGUGUUGUUGAAAUAACAUUGAAGAAUUUUGAAGGCGAGCCACCGGUCACGAUACGACGAGAGUUCACGGAAAAAGAGACUAACUGGAGCAUUAAUGGAGAGAGCACCAACGAGAAGUCUAUUCGGGGAUUAAGAAGACGAUUUAGUAUUCAAUUGGAUAACCUUUGUCAUUUUUUACCUCAAGAAAGAGUGGCUGAAUUCGCAAGUUUGUCGCCGGAGAAGCUAUUGCUAGAGACGGAAAGAACCCUCAUGAAUGGAGAUUUAUUAAAAAAGCAUGAGGAGUUAAUAGACCUAGAUGAGUCGAACAUAAACUUGAGCUCCAAGAUUGGAAAAUUGUCAGAGAGACUUGAGUUCUUGAAGAAUGAAAGGGAUGCCUUAGAAGGAGAGGCUAAAAAGUUUGAAGAAUUUCAAGAUAAAAUGAAAGAGCUCGAACUUCACGAGAAAUUAAUACCUUACGCACAACUUGAGGACUUAAAAUACCAGCGGAAGCACAUUAAAAAACAAAGGGAUGACUCGAAAAAAGCUUUAGAAAAGUUUUCAACGAUGACUCGAUCGAUAUACGAGCAGUUAAAAAAAGCAGAAAAGGAACUAGGAGAUCAAGAAGAGAAGUCGAAUGGUCUAAUUUUGGUACAAAGAGAUCUUACCUCGAUAAUCAAUACUGAAAAAAGAGCCCUCUCCGAUCAUCAUGAGAAAAUUGAACAAUUGCAAUCAGCAGCAAGGGCCCUUUCAACACGAAAACUUGACAAAGCUAAGGAGCUUGAUGCAUUGAAAAAAAACUUGUUAGAGACUAUCAAGAAAAAAGAUGAUUUACCGGUACCAACCGAUAGUGACUUCGAUAGCAUCAAAGAAAAGAGAAACAGUACUCAUGAAAUUGUGAAUAACUUGAAAGAUAAGCUCGAACAAGUGAAAGACAAAGCGGUACCAAUGAGGUCGGCCCUAAAGAGACUUAAUGAUCAAAUUUCUGAGAAAAUGAACGCAUUAACAACCACUGACAAGAUUUCUGUCUUACAACCAAAUCCCAGGUAUAAGAGCAAGCUACGCGACGAUGCGUAUGGCGGACACAUAGCAUUAAGAAGACAAAAGCACUUUCGUUACUUCGAGGCGCCGGUAAUAUCUUGCGAAGUUUCAGAUAAAAGGUAUGCAAAAUAUCUAGAAAAGGUGAUCGACAAUAAUACUUUAUUUGCAAUCACUCUUACUUCACAAAAUGACUACAAAGAUGUCUCUGAUUUCAUUUUAAAACAGUAUAAUAUUCCGAUGAGAGUUAUAAAUGGAAUUUCAAAUCCUAGGAUAAGCUCAGAUAGAGAAGGAGUUAAGAGAUUGGGAUUUGACGGGCUCUUGUCAGAUUUCGUGACAGGGCCAAGUGAAGUCCUAAGCAUGCUAUACACAAAUUCGAAAAUUGACUUAAUUCCAGUUAGUAUGAGUGGUCUUGAUGAAAGUCAAAUAGCAUAUUUAACUAAGCCAGACGAACAAGGAAAGAUAAGGUUUCGAAGGUUCAUUUCUGGUGAAACCUUAUUCAUUAUUCAUCAAUCGCAGUACGGUUCUAGACAAUAUUUCUAUUCGACAGAAAAAAUAAAUCCUGUAUCAUUCUAUUUUGGAACUUCUGGACUAAGUCAACAGGCAAAGAAUGACUUGGAGCUUCACGUCGAGGAGCUUAAGAGAAAAAAAAAUGCAAUUAAGGAGGAAUACGAAGGUCUUCAGGAUACCGCUAACAAAGUCAAGAGCAGUCUUGUAGAAGCAUCAAACGAGUUGAAUUCAUGCAAAGGUUUGCUUGAUCAAUUUCAGCAGCAGAAAGCUCAAAGAACAAAAAUAGAAGCUGUCAUCGUUUCAAAAGAAGCGCAGAUAGAAAAAGUGGAAACCCAAGCUAAGAAGGACUACACUGAAAAGAUCAAGCAAAUAGAAAAUAAAAUUAAAGAAAAAUAUUCAAUCGCACCUUCUAUAAUGGGUAAAUUGACUAAUCUCGUUAGCAAACUUUCAAAUAUAGCCAUUGAGUUGGGCCAAGAAAAUGUAUUGUCAGUACAGUUGAAAAAUAGGGUCUUUUCGAUCCAACAAUUAACUUCUGAGCUUGAAGAGAGAAAGCAAAUUUUAAUUAAUGCAUACAAUGAAGCGAAAAGAAAGUACGAUGAGAUUAAAUUAAGCGAUGCCGCGAACAAGAUCAGACAACAGAGCCGGCAGUAUUCUGUGGAAGAAAGGGAAGCUUUAUCAAAUUUAGUCAAGUCUUACAUUGAAGAGGGUAGCUUCACUGAGGCUCUAAUGAGAGAAAAAAUACAACUUCUAGAAGAUGAAAAGUCUUUGAUGGCCACAGCAGAUGGAAGCUCAAUCGAUAAUUUGAGAAAGAAACUAACUGAAAUCCAGAGACUUGAAAAUGAUAUGCCAAACUUCAUGCGUGAAAAAGCUGAAAUUGACAGUCGAAUUACCCACGUUAAGAAUGAGUGGGAGCCGGAGUUAUCAGAUCUAGUUGAUCGCAUAUCUUUGGCAUUCAACAAAAAAUUUACGAAAGUAGCAAGCGAUGGAAGAGUUGAGUUAGCAAGGAAUGACCGCUUUAAAGAUUGGAAGCUACUUAUACUAGUCAAAUUCAGGCUAGAAUCAGAGUUGAAGGUCUUGGACCAUCAGUCACAAUCUGGAGGUGAAAGGGCUGUAUCCAUUAUAUUCUUCAUCAUGUCCUUACAAGGAUUGAGUCAAGCUCCUUUUAGGAUAGUGGAUGAGAUAAAUCAAGGAAUGGAUCCGAAAAAUGAGAAGAUGGCUCACAGAUACUUGGUUCAUACGGCAUGCUUAUCUCAGAGUUCGCAAUACUUUUUGGUUACACCGAAGUUGCUAACUGGCCUAUAUUAUCAUCCUGAUAUGGUUGUUCAUUGUAUUUACACGGGUCCACUUUUAGAUCCAGCCAAUAAAAAUUCACUGGAACCAGAUUUUAUGGACUUUAAUAGAUUAAUUAGUACAUAA